GUGCAAUAUCCAACUCUUUAGUAAUUGUACUUUUGUAAGAAAUAAACUAAAAGAAGUCUCGUGGCAAAGUGUUUCUUCUAGGAGACGAAAUAUGAUAAAAUAUACAGAUGUGUAUUUGCACCGCGAAUGAGGUGCAAUUGAGUUAACCAGAGAGGUUAAUUUGCAAUUUUGCAAGUUGUAUAGGGGAACCACCGCAGUAAAAAAUGGAUUGUACUAAUUGCGUAUAAUGAUAGAAUAAAUACUUUUAUCAUUGCGUGAGAGGUGUGACAAGUGAUUCAAAUCUAAUGUCAAUGAAAAUAUAAGAUUUUAGAAAUAUAAUAUUUCUCGUCAGAACUUAUCACUUGAUUUGUAAACAUGAAGGAGGAACUAGAAGAGAAUUAUAAUUCCGAGUUACCAGCUGUGAUCGGAGCCUUGUUAGAUACCUUAAAUGACAAGAAUCAGGACGUAAAACAGUCUGUGAUCGAAUCGAUUGAAAGAAUAAGUAAAAAGAAUCCAGAAGUUGUUAUCCAUGCUGCUAUAUAUUUUUGGGAAAUGCAUAAAAAGAUAUCCACAGAACACAUGAGAUCCUUGUUAAACAUAAUAUCCAGCAUAUGCAGACAUUCAACUACAAGUUUAAAUGUAGAUCUAGUAACAUCUCUCGCUGAGGUGGCAGUGAAUGAGUUAAUAGGAGAGACUGAGAAUGAGGCAGCCGAGUUAUUGAUUGAGCUUUGCAAAAUACACUGUAUGCAAGCUACAGGUGGACUUUUAACUAAAUUGGAACCUGGGGUGAUUCCUAAUCCUGCGAUAGUUUUUACAAUAGGAAAGCUCGCAGCAGCCAAUCCAUAUGGAAUGUUGUCCUUCGUUAAAAUAACAUUGACUAUCAUGUUACCAAUGUUAAAUCAAAUACGUGAAGAAAUUCUCAAACAGGCAAUUUGCUUCAUGAUUUCUAAGUUUUGCGAUGCUGUAAACGAUUAUAUAAUGAAUGGAGAAGACUCGUCUCUGGGAAUUAAUAAGCAGACGUUUGUAGAAGAAAUUUGCUCUGUUUUUGAUUUUUUAAUAAACAACUGGUUGAAAACAUCUCGCGAUUCUAAAUCAACAGAAGCUAUUUUAACAACACUCGUGCCUAUGGUAUCUUUGUUGCCUGUGCAGCAAGAUAGUGAGAGAAUUGUAAAAUUAAUACCUGUAUGUUUAAAUCUUUGUAGAAAGCAAAAUGUACGUUUAGCUGCUGUAAGAGUUAUAGCUAUGAUUUUAAGUUCUAUUGAGACUGAAAAUGACAAAGAGGCAAUUCGUGCAUUUAUGGAGAUUAUUCAUCAAACUUUAUCCGAAUUUGUCAGUAUUUGUCCUUUUGAAGCAGCUCGAGAUGCGGUUCUUACACAUUAUGAAAUACUGCAGUGUUCCAGAUCAUUAGUUGUUUUGUAUCCUGAAGAAGGUCUCGAUAGAAUCUUGCAACAGUUGAAAUCACCAAUUGCUCAUCAACGUGCCCGUGCUUUGGUAGUCCUCAGACAUCUUAUAAAUACUCUUCCACCAGAGGACGAUGGAUCCAUGCAAAGAAUUGCACUUAGCCUGCAGGAGUCUCUUGGAGAGAAUGGUGCGCUUCAGAUGGUCGGUGCUAUAGUGGCACUCGCGGCACGGCCGACAUUUCCCUUAUUGCCGUCACAGAGGGCUAAAUUUGUUCGUUAUAUGGUGUCACACUGCGAAAUAAAGAGUGACGAUAUGGAAGCAUGUUCUGAAGCUUUAUACCUGCUCGCAACGACAGUUGAUGGUGUCGAAUCUUGGCUAUGGCCGUGUUUGAUAAGUGCAUUGCUGGAUUCGGCUUGUGUAGCAUCCGUCACAUCUGUGCUACGUUCACUGUCUCCCUUAGCGACAAAAAUAAUACGUGAUAAAAACUCUUCAACAAAUGAGAGGGAUUUUCCUGGUACAAAAGUCUUAGGCAGAUGCCUGGAAUUGUUAAGCAAUCCGAUUAAUCGACCUGCAGUAAUAGGCUUUUUAAAGUCGGCAGCACCUCUGAUAGGUCAUCAAGUGAAAUCUUAUUGGGAUGAAAAAUUGCACGAACUUUCGCAGGAAUUUUUACAUGGUAGAAGAAACUCUCGAAAAAGCUCUAAAGAAAUGAAAGAUACCAUGCAAUGGGAUUUAAUCUGGGAAAAAAAAAUUGUAGAAUGGUUAGAAGAGAGCGUGAAAUUGGAAGGAGAAUCAUGGGGCACGAAGCUCGCUGACGAACUCGCUUUGAAAAUAAACACACCGGGUGUAGCGCCGCUUUUGGCAUCUACCUGCAACAAUAACGCUCAUAUCACCCUCCUCGUCGAACUCGCGCGUUCUCACGGCACUACCAAAGAAUUUGCGCGAGCGGUUGGCAUUUGCGCCAAACGGCAUUUGAGUAUCAUGCUGAAAUUAAUGGAGGAGUUUUGUACCGUCGAGGAUGCCCGAAAGGCUCCUGUGAGAUUAUUAGGUUUUGUGAAGGAUACGAAAGCUGCCGCUACCGCUGAAGCUGCAAAAGCAGGUUUAUUGCAGUCUUAUGCCGAAAUUGCUCAGAAAGGGGAUCCGCAGGAACUUUUCCCUGUUUUCGAAAAACAUGUGUUACCGUGGACUAUUAAACAGUUGCAAGAAUGCAAGGAGUUGUCUACAAAGGAAGCAGGAUUGUCAGUCUUGGAACAAGUGGCCAACGCUGUUCAUCCCGUCAGAUUGCCCGAAUCUAAGGGCCUGCGUAUGAAAGCUACUGCUCUAGCCACUCUAUUGGGAAUUUUACAGUCAUCGACGGGAUAUAGGCCAUUGCAACUCUAUCCGACGAUAUUGAAAGCAGCAAACUCUUUAAUAUGUAUACCGCCAGUACUAAAUAAUGAGGAAAGACAAAUUUUCCUUGGUGCAGUAUUGGAUAAAACAAUUAGUGCUAGUUCAGAGAUUGCUUUGCAAUUACAUCCAGAAAUAAUGCAGCAAGUUGUAGACGAAUUGGGAACUGUGUCCAGCGAAAUUGUAUCCGAUUCAGCAGACGCGUUGUCUGAAUUAGUUGACAUAUUGUUACCCUGGAUGCAAUCCAAGUCGAUUGUGGAAAGAAAAAUUACUCUAUUAGUGCUGCAUACAGUGCUUCAAUCUUAUUAUAAUUCUUUGAAAUAUACAUAUCCAGGUGGUAAGUUGGAUGCUGGAAAACUUGUAGGAAGAACUUUAUGCUGGUGUGCGGAUACCGAAUUUGCUUUGAGACCACUGGCGAUAGAUUGCAUGCUUCUCUCUUUGGAUAUUGCAGCCCGUCAUCGGCAUAUAUCACCUGAUAAUACUUUGAGUGACGACAUACAACAAAUAAAAAAAGAACUUAUGAUCGAAGACUCGUCGAUAUCUUAUGGAGCCAUAGAGAGACUGGCUAAUGCAGUAUCGCAGAAAAUUCCCAAUGGUGAGAUAGUUAGCUUAGCGGAGGGUUUGAUAGAAGGCUUGUUAUUCUAUGGAGAAGCAAGCUUGGUAGCAGGCAUAGCUCUCUCGCAACAUUUUCAAAUUAAAGGUUCGGAGAUAUCCAGGACCGAUGUUUGUUUAGUCGAAAGUAUUAUUGCGCAAAUGAGACAAAUGGAAAACGCGAGCUGUAGAUACAGUGCAACGGUGGCUAUAGUAUCAUUAAUGAAACAUCAUCCGGAAGAAGUGACCGAGUAUCUUUUAUCUCAGCCGUUACCAUUAGAUCCGGGCACCGCAUUGUGCUGGAAAGAAAUUGGCAAUAAUGACUUCCUUGGACCUCGAGCUUUGGAUAUGUUAUUAAUAAAACUUGAAUCCAGCAAUUUAUUUUCUGAUAUUCCUCUUCCGUCCAUGCAUUCUGGACGAAAUAAUAUCGCAUCUCUCUCAUCCUUGGCUGCUAUCGUAGGUUUAAAGCAUUUUCUUGAAUCGCCGCAUGUGGAAAGUUUAAUUACCGACACGCAAUUAGCAGGCUUGUUAUCAGUCCUUCUUAAAUAUCUCUCGGGCUGGUUACAUGUCGAAGCUCCUGCGUCGGUGAUAAAUACGAAGUAUGGAUAUGUACCGAAUCGAGCAGCGCAGAAGAUAAAUCCUCAUACGGAAGUAUAUUCUAUAUUAACCAACAUAUUAAUAAUCAUCCAGCCGAAUGCUGCAUCCAAUUUGCCGAUGGAGACUACAUUUGCUUCCGAAACACAAGCCGAAGAAAGCCUGAUAUCAACUGUACGAACAUUGAUGAAAUGUAUAUCAACUAAAAGCGAAGUUCUGUCAAACAUGACGCAAUAUCUGGGUAAAUUGAUGACUAGCACGAUAGCCAUACAGCGAGCGGUCGCUGCCACUUUUUAUUCGGAAUUGAUUGGCAAAAUAAAUUGUGGAACUAUAUGGCUUGAUGCCAUAAUUAACACUCUGCACGACGCUAAAGCCGAUUCAUCAUCUUUAGUGCGAAAACUCGCUACCAUCGGACUUGCUAGAAUAGCCUACUUGGAUCCGAGACAGGUCGAUGAAUAUUUUGACAAUUGCAUGGAAGCCUUACUCGAUGGAUUGGAGGAGACUGCCGGUGGAGAAGGCGGUGCUGAAGUAGUACUUGAGUCGUUACGUGGCCUCUCAGUAUUAUUAUCGGUUCAAUACAAGAGACCUAUUAGCCCGCGAGUGGUGCUGGCCUUGAAACCAUUCAUCGAGAAAGAAAACUGGGAAAUGAAACUUGCUGCCAUAGAUGCUUUGGGAGCGAUAGCUACCAAUUGGCAGAGAUCAGUUGCAUUACCGGAUGAUGAUUUGAUUGAUCAUCUUCUAGGCUGUUUGCCGUCUUUGAUAAUAAGACUGGAAGACUCAAAUAUAACAAUAGUUAAGACUGCACAGGAAACCUUAUGUAAAACUACAAGUAUCGUGCAGAAUGAGAAAUUAUUGCAUGUAAUACGUACUAAUUUGGGACCACAAGUGAAGUUUAGUUUCGAGAGUUUUUCCAAAGACUUGAUAAACUGUUUAAAAAAGGAAUUUCCACAAAGAGCAGAAGAAUUAAGAAACGCUGUUGUCCGUGGUUAUUCUAGAUCGGAAAAUUAUCAUACCAGAUCCACGUCUGCGCUGCUCUUAGGGUUAUUCGAUUCUCCAAGACCUGAAGAUGUACAAAGACUGUUACAACUUUUACGCGAUAGAGAAAGUAUUGUUAGAAUGCGCGCUUCGAAAGCCCUUUCAUUUUGUUUUACAUUUUAA